CAUAGCUUAGCCCUGGCCAAUCUCCCUUGGAUGAUGAAGGAAGAAGAGGAAUAUCUGCUAAAUGCCGCAGCCCUGUUAUUGUGAGCCCUGUAUAAAUCCUUGCACAGAACCAUGGAGUCCUCAAGGCAAGUGAUCUUCGUUUCCGCACCAGAACGCGGGCAAGGACAAGACGAUACUACGUGUCCGCGUCUUGCAAUCGUUGGAAGCACGGUCUUUCUGGGAAUUACUAUCGGGCUCUCCUUCCUCAGCGAGAGUCUGCACACCGUAGACAAUUUGGACAGUUUCGAGUACACAGAACCGCCCGUGGUGGGUCUUGCAAUCAAUACGACUUUACCCACUAUGCUACACACGUCCCAUGCCGUUGAAAUACAGCAGCAUCGUAAGUUGCCUGAAGUCAAGAUUGUCGUGAGAGAACCUUCGACGAGUACGGCGUUUCCUUUUCUUUGCUUACGUCCACCGUGCCAACAACUGGGCAAAGCAAUCGCGCAGCUUGUGUCACGGGAAAUAAACCCAUGCGACAAUUUUGCUGGAUUCGCUUGCUCUUUGUGGAACCAUACCGACGACGAUGUGCUUGACUCCCUCGAAUCCAUGGCCGCUUCCGCUCUCAUGAAAACAUUCCCUUCAUCCCUGCCUUCAUUUGCGUUCAAAAGUUGCGUCGGCCCAUCUAGUCGUCUCUUUGAAUCCAUAGCUAACACCUACAUGCGACUCACCAACACCAAAGAUUGGCCCUACACCGAACCCGUGAGAGAUACAGAAGAAGAAAUAUCAACAUCCAUCGGCUCGGUGUACCGGGAACUGGGGACAGAUACGUUGUUUAGGUUUACAAAUACGGGUUAUACAUUACUCAUCAAUUGGGAGAAGCUACCGGACGGCCUACCCAGCUCAUACUUUUCUUUAUUGAACGAACGGUUCACCGAACUUGUUUGGUUUCUGAUGGGAAAGCGAAUACCCCCAACAGAUAGAUCAGUUUCUUCUGUUGCUCUCUGGCUUACCGAAUCUUACAAACCCUCUUGCAACCCAAAGUCGUCAUCGGUGGAAAACUUCAUACACUGGUCUAAUGUUCUCAACUCCGCAAUGGAUGGGAAACAUCGUCAAAUAUGCUAUCCAGUUGUCCGACCCAACAUGCCACCAGCGUCGUCCGUCAUGAACUAUAUCGUCUUUCGGAUGCUGAUGGCAUUAACACCUCUUAUUGCAGAUGACUGGCGUAGAAAACGUUUAGCUAGUUUCGCUUACGCCCGUGUUCCUGGAAGGCGAGUUGCUCUUUCACCGAACACGAGCUGCGUUAGGUUCCUCGACCGGUUUGAUCCGGGGCUUCUUGCCGAGGUGCUGUUUGAGAAAACCUACUUCGGCCAUCGGCUGGGGAAGGUAAAGGAAGUGCUCAACAACUUGAAAGCAGUCCUUAUAGAAGAGAUUCGUUCCAAUAUAUCCUCACCGUUGUUCCUCGAAAGAGUGGCGAAUAUCACGAUCUCUCUGUUUUCGCCUACAAGCACGAGAGAACCAGACGUUGACAAGCGUCGUCUGCAACUUCCGUUCUUUUACUCGUGGCUCCGAAGUUCCACAAACAAGCACGAAAAGAUUGGUCUCUUCAUAUCCCAACCAAAGUUGCUCCGCAAUCAGACACUUUUUGUUCCUGCCCUAUCAAUCGUCAACGUUUACCUGCAUCCGGAAGAUGACAGCAUUAGGGUAUUCCUCAUUCCAAGAGCUGGGCCAAGAGUGCUGUCCGUGCUGUAUCAGCGUAUUGUGGAAAUGACGCGAGACUUUCGUGAUACUGAACAACUGGUGGGGUUCUAUGAUGGUAUGAUGGAGUGUCUGCGUCAACGAGAUUUACCGUCUGGAGCCACGGCAUCCGAUAUAGUGGCUAUUCGUCUAUCUCUACGCAGCUACUUGAGAGGCGUUCUGAAGUUUUUGCCCGAUCACCGGCUACACGGGGCAGAACAGUUCGAUGCUAAGCAGCUGUUUUUCGUGUUGUACGCAGUGAACGCUUGCGGGCAAAGCCGAAACAAGCACAAGGUGAAUGCCAUCUUGAAACACUUGCGCGAGUUUCAGGAUGCUUUCGAAUGCCCCGAAGGCUCUUUCAUGAAUCCAUUGGAAAAAUGCGCUUGAUGAUGUAAGGCCUCUUCGGAUAUCACUGACGCUGUUACAGACCUAGUACCAAAUGCAAAACCAAGCAGAUUUUCUUCGUUCCGUAUUACGCUAUUGAGCUGUCGACAUUAAAUCUAUUUGUUA